UGUUUUUUUUUAAAAACCCAUCGCUUUAUAACACUUACACAAUCAUGAUAGUAGUAACAAUAAUAAUUAGUUCUAUUCCAAUAUCGCUGCAUUUCGUACGCAAAUGCAUUUAGGUGCAUUUGAUCUUUUUCCAAUAUCAGUUCACAUCAGCACUUCUGCUUAGAAGCACAUUUUUUCUUCCAUUUACUAGUUAGAAUUUGUUGUUAGUAUAAGAGAAAAAAAUUUUUUUGAAAAGUCGAAUUUUCUUCCUUGUAAAUUUUAGUCAUCUCUUCUUUUUUCUUCCGAGGAUGAUGAAGCUCAUAUUACCAGAGCUUAUGUUUGUUUUUGCCAUUGCUAUUAUCGCUCAGAGCGUUAAUCCAAAUGAUGGUAUAAUACGUUACCCCGAUUGUCAUGGAUGUGAGUUGAUCGAUUUAAAAGCUGUCAACUCUGAUUUCAAUAUUAGAGAAGAUGUCGUCAAUGCUUUUCACACAUCUAACUGUUGGUUCGCAUUUUGGAAACGUAAGAUUGAUAAACGAAUUUUUAAUCCUUGGCAAUCCAACAUUGUUUUCGAUAUUUGUAUUGAUCAUUAUUUGAGUGACGUACACGAAUUUGCUCCUCCGGUUAUCAAUGGCGGAACGAGUAAUUCUAACAAGGCAGAAAAUACAUGCAUGGUUAUUCUUUGCGGCGCAAUAAUAGCAGCAGCGGCGGCAAUACUUUUUAUGGAAAGCAAAAACCAUAGACCGUUAACCAACGCUACUUCACAAACGCAACCAAGAUUAAAACCAAUUAAACGAAUAGGAAGGGGCACAUAUGGCUGCGUUUAUGAAGUUGAAGAUACGGAAGAUAAAAAACGAUAUGCUCUUAAGUGCAUUGAAUUACCCGAAGAUAAGGAAGAAGCGCAAAAAUAUAUGCGAGAAGCAUACAAUUUAGCUCAAUUAAGAGGUCAUAAGAAUAUUGUAAAAUAUAUUCAUAGUGAAAGAAGUGAAAAACAUUUGAACAUAUUGAUGGAGCUUUGUGACACGAACCUAGCUUCUUGGUUAAAGAAAUACAGGAUGAAAUUAAACGCUAACAAUAUAUCAAAGAUUUUCCACCAACUAGUCGAUGCUAUUUAUUAUAUUCACUCUAAUGGCAUAAUACAUCGUGAUUUGAAGCCCGAAAAUAUUUUUGUAAACGAAGAAGUUGAAGAUAUUCAUAUAAAAAUUGGAGAUUUCGGUUUCUCAACCGAAAACAAAGAUCUUCAUUCUGGGGUUAAGGGCACAACGGCAUAUAUGUCGCCCGAGCAAUUGCGUGGACAACGGGAUUACACUUUCAAAGUAGAUAUAUACGCAAUAGGCUUGGUACUCUUUGAAUUAUACGAAGAUAUUAGAACAGACAAUGUGAUUAAUUUACUACGUAAAGGCAUAUUUCCUAAUACUUUUGAUCGCAGACAUCCUGAAGUGUACGAGUUGCUGAAAAAGAUGUUGGCAGAAAAUCCAAAACUACGUCCAAAUGCACAGGAUUUAAUAAAUAUAUUAAAAACAAUGAAUUUUUAAUAUGAUUGAUGAUGAU